CUCCAUCCGACAUCCUAAUCAUGGGCUACGUCCUCUACUCCCUCACCUUCGCCGUUCUAGUCCUCGCCACCAUCGCAUACUUCACCCGCCACCACUGGGUCCACCGCCUCCCCAUCCCCGAACCCAUCUACACACGCCUCCCCUCCUCGUUCCGCGACGACAUCGAAGCGGGCCUCUCGUCCUCCGCCUUCGAUCUCAGCGCCAACAUCGAGGCCGGCGACUCGCGGCAAGGCCUCGACGACGCAGCGAAGCGCGAGGUGCAGGCCAUCAUGAAGCGGAGAGGCGUGAACUUUGAUGAGGCGAGACGCAUAUACAUGCAGGAUCGGUUCAAGAAGAAUAAUAUUGGGCCGGAUGGACGGCCGAGGGAUCCGAAGUUUGUGAGCUUUUCGUAGGGGAAGAGGAGGAUGGGGCUGAUCCGCUAAGCGGGAGGGGUGCUUGAGAUAUUCCUUUUGAUGUGUGGGUUACGGAGCUUAGUGCUUGUGUCUGGAACUGGGUGUUCUGGAUAUUGCUGGACAUGAAUGGGUAGAGGAGGGACGGGCUGGUCAGGAAGGAAGUUCACAACUGGAUCCUUGUCCGUUAUAUGCUUUUUGUUUGAGGGAUUUCCUAUGUCAUAUUUCUCUACUCCAGGUUUGUCGGGUCUUGGCCGUUUCCUCAUCAUUUCUCAUCCGCCAUGUGGCUUCUUCCACCGGCCUUCCGCAGCCUCCAGCGCGGCAUUUUCUAAAUACACUUCCGUUACGCUUUGCAUAUAACAGUCCUGCAUUGUCAAACG